AUGGUGGUGGACUGCAUGAAUUUCGAUUUCCUCGACGAGGACCGCGAGCGGGCCGUGGAGCAAUCAAAUAUCGAGCAGGGCUUUCCGCUCGCACCCGUUCCCAGCCCCAUGACCUUCUGCGCCGACAUCAAAAAAAGCGGUAUAGAAACUCGUGCUUCGCUUUUGUGAUCCUCAUCAAAGCUACAGUAAGGACGCCAAGGAGCUUCGUACGUUUACGUCCGCCGCGAGCACGACCUAGAACUGCGAGUAUCUAUGCGAGGACCAUCCGUGUAGUUUUCCUUCAGCCUCGAAGGACCAGGGAAAAAGUAGUACUUACUCCGCAGUGUACCUGUACUCGUCGGCGGACGACAACAACAAGCGAGUGAGGUCUUGACGUAGAAUUGUAUCGUGCCCUUGUCGAAGACAAAGAAUGAAAGCGAGGCAUUUGAAAAAAAAAUUGACAUUUAGGCACCGCGCCGAGCCUGAUGGAUUUCAAGCAUGGUACAACAACACUCGGAUUCAAGUUUCAGGGCGGCAUCAUAAUCGCGGUCGAUUCGCGCGCAAGUAUGGGCAGCUACAUCGGCAGUCAGACGGUGAAAAAAGUAAUCGAAAUUAACGACAGACUCCUCGGCACAAUGGCCGGCGGCGCCGCCGACUGCUCCUUUUGGGAGAGAAGACUAACGCUGCUCGCACGCAUGUAAGUUCGAAUCUCGUACCGACUAGUUGUUUUCCCGAAGAACUUUUUGCAUUUUUUUUUUCCACGGAGCGCUUCGUCAGAUCAAUUUAGCCCGCACGAAAAAACACUGCUGCCACUGCUCACCGAAGCUCCUGUGGUUGAUUCGGUUUCGGCCGCACAAUCGGAGGAUUACAAUAAUCGCAAACCAAAACUUUUGGCAGGUAUGAGCUCCGCGAAAGGGAAAAGAUUUCAGUAGCCGCAGCCUCCAAAAUCCUGGCCAACAUCUUUAUCCAGUAACACCCACCUAAUUUUUCUUUGAUUUUGUCGUUCUUCGAUUUUGCAACCACCUGUGCAAGCCAAUGUUCCGGAAUCAGCGCCCCAGAACUUUUGUUUAUGAAAGAAUGGAACAAACGCUUACUCGUUCGCCCAUAGACAUCCCAUGUUGUCGUGGUGCUGCUUGCGAUGAUUGACUACCUAGGAGGAAAAACGUGCUAUCAGUGAAGAAUCCAAUCCAUCGCACCAGGUAUCGAGGAUACGGGUUGUCUUGCGGCACCAUGGUAGCCGGGUGGGAUAAGACGGGUCCCCACCUCUACAUGGUGGACGACCAAGGCGACCGCGUGGAGGGCGAAAAAUUCUCAGUGGGUUCGGGAUGCAUGUUCGCCUACGGCGUCUUGGAUGACGGGUACGAUAAUUUUUGAGAAUUUCGGGUCGUGCUCGUGGACACGAAUUGAGUUCCAUAAGACAGUUCAAUGAAUUAUGUGCAUCAUUCAUGCUCACGCUUUUGUUUGUUCUUGCAGUUUCUGUUUCAGAUCAAGAACGAGUGCGCGCCGGGUAGAAGUAGACAGAGCCUCCUCACGACUCUGUUUCUUGACUGUCAAUUCAAAAUUAUCAGGUACCGAUAUGAUCUCUCUGUCGCGGAUGCUGUGGAGCUCGGCCGGCGAGCGAUCUACCACGCGACGCACAAGGACGGAGCUAGUGGCGGCGUGGUGCGAGUCUACCACGUACACAAGGAUGGAUGGACCAAAGUAAUCGCCGGUGAAGACGUGAACAAGCUCCACUACAUGUACGCCGAGAAAAAGGGCCUCAAGGGCGACGAGUAAGUAACAUAAAAUUGGAGUCCACUCACAGGACGCACGUGCAAGCAACCGCGGACCCAGUAAUGGAGAACUCGGCCUUGUUUGCUUGAUGACGUGAAACAACGGCUUACAAGAACGUGCCAAAACUUUUUGGAACAACAGUUUUUGAAAGAUGACCAACGGCGACAUCAACAAAGUCUCGAACUAUGAAGUACGCUCGAGACCGCAGGGCGAGAAUCGCUUCGGGCGAUUCUAUACACCUAGCGGCGAUCUGCGUGCGGGAAGCCCUUCGUGUUUUGUGCCACUACAUCCGCAUUCUUAACGAUAGAUACUUUGUUUUCGGUGAGCCCUUGACCUGCUGGAGGAAAUUCACAAAUCGAUCUGAGG